GUUUUUAAAUCUGAAGGUCGUCCCCGCGCUUGGAGUUUCUAGGACGACGAUAUCGUACUACUAAGUGGCCAGUUACAGGUGUGCACAAAUGACCUGUAUAUCAACUUAUGUGGUCAAGAUACUCUUCAUUUUUCUCGGGUUUUGGUCCAGGAUUCCUCCUAAUAAAGCAUAUUCUCUAGAGCAGUCGUCCCCCACCUCUCAUAAUCACUCUGUAAACGAUAGUCUCAAACAUCUCCAUAUUUUAUUUCGACAUGGUGACAGAUCUCCAAUCGUUAACAUGCCUGCUAUUUUACACAAAAUUCCUUUUGCUUGGUCGCAAGGCUUCGGCAUGCUUACAGACAAAGGUGUAGAGCAGCACUUUUUUCUUGGGAAGUGGUUACGAUCAAAGUAUCAAGGAUUUGUUCCCAGUAAAUAUAACGGUUCUUAUUAUCAUGUUCGUAGUACGGAUGUCGAUAGAACUCUAAUGUCAGCAAUGGCAAAUGCAGCUGGGUUUUAUAACCAGUCUCCCUCUCCUCUGUCCGCUAUGGCAUCAAUUGGUUUCCCAUACCUGUUCAUACAAAACCUCAAGUAACAGAUACACUUUUGGGUGUUGCACCAUGUCCUUAUCGGGAUUCGUUACAACGUAUACAAAUGGAUAGUCAACCAUCUAUUGAAUUUGAGAAAAAUCACUCAAAUUUAUUUGUCAAACUUACUAAUGUCGCUGGUAUUGGUCCAGUUAAUCGUCAUAAUGUAUGGUCCAUAUCCGAUUUUAUUACAUGUAUGAUUGCUCAUAACAUUACCCUUCCUGAUUGGUGUACAGAUGAUUUUUUAGCAGAAUUAUAUGAAGUCAAUAGAUUCUAUUGGGUGAAAAAAUAUUCUUCUUCAGAUGAUAUCAUUCGGUUGGAAAUCGGUGUCUUCUUAAACACAUUCGUUAAACAUAUACAUUCCAUCAUACGUGGGGAACAAUUGAAUUUAACUUAUGAAUAUACAUUAUCCACCGAACAUAUGAUGAUUUAUUCAGCUCAUGAUACUGAUGUAACUUAUAUUUUAGCUGGUUUCGGUGUUUAUAAUAAUCAAACAAUUAAUUAUGCAUCUACUGUUAUUCUAGAAUUACAUGGUCCAGAUAAAUCUAGCAAAGAAAGUGAUUAUCGUAUAAAAUUGUUGUAUAAAAAAGGUUGGACUGAUGAAACUGGUGAAUAUUUAACCUUACCAGCUUGUAAAGGUCAACCUGGUUACAAUGGUUGUCCUGUGAAUCUUGUAUUGGAACAAAUUAAACCAUUAUUAUUGAGUACUGAUAGAUUUUAUAAAGAAUGUUCAAUAGAUCAACCGGAUAGCGUAAAUUAUCGAUUACAUCCAAUUGUAUUUAUCUUUGUCGGUGCAGCAAUCUCCUCUGUAAUAAUGCUUCUAGUCUUUUGGUAUUAUUCACUGCGUUUACGUCGUUAUAACAGUUUAGACGUUACGGAACAACCAAUAUUAUAAUUGGUAAAUCAGGAAAUGAAAAUAAAAGAAGAUAUCUAGUAACAUUAUUGUUAGAAUCAUCGUCAUUAUUACCUAAAUCAUUAUCAUCACAACGUAUUUUUUACUCUUCCCUCCCAUGUGUUGUUCUGCGACGAUUUGCUAUUUUUUUAUAAAACAGUGUUGUUUAACUCUUUUUGUUCUUUUUUAUGAUCAUUUUGAAUGUUGAUUAUAGUUUUCUGCUCAUAUAUAUACAUUAUUGUAGACUUAUUACUUUGUAUUUUGUUAUAUAAUUAAUAAAUUAAUGCAUACUCAGUGAACUGAACUGUACUGAAAUUAUUGUAUCACUUGUUAUACUUGG